AUGUUACUUACUACUGUUGUGCCUAUUAUUCCCGAGUAUCUCCUACGAAUCUCACAUCCAAACACAACCGACUUAUUACUUUACAAUAAACCAAUAGAUCAACAUGAAAUAGAGAAAAGACAGAUUGUCUGGGAUGAUGACGCGUGGGAUAUGCCAAUGCCUGGCGGUUCAGCUGAUGAUAUUCCUUGGGAUGAAAACCCUUUGGCACCGUACAAGAAACCCGAAAAAAGUCGCAAAAAACCAAAACUAAAAAGUAAACAACCACCAAUGGGGCAAACAUAUAGCAAAAGCGCAGAAGACGCACUUCCGAGGCCACGUAUGCGACCUACACCAGAAUCGAACGUUGCCCCUUCAUUUCAACAGAGUGAACGUCAUGAAAUUCUGGCUAAGGAGAACGUUUUAGUUGGAAUUAUGUUUGGUUCAAAAGCUUUAGUACAACUGAUAGCAAAUCCAUGGAUAGGACCACUCACAAACAAAAUUGGAUACACGCUGCCAAUGUUCGCCGGAUUCGUGAUAAUGUUUCUGUCAACAAUAAUGUUCGCAUUUGGUUCAUCAUAUGGGACCUUAUGGUUCGCAAGAGCAAUGCAAGGAAUUGGAUCGGCUUGCACUAGUACAUCUGGCAUGGGAAUGCUUGCACAAGCAUAUCCGGAUGAUGCUGAAAGAGGAAGUGCAAUGGGAAUCGCCCUGGGUGGCCUUGCUUUAGGAGUACUUGUUGGUCCACCGUAUGGUGGUGUUCUUUAUCAGUGGGCAGGAAAAGAACUUCCAUUUAUUUUGCUUGCAUUGCUUGCCUUAUUUGAUGGCUCUCUGCAAUUCUUGGUACUUCAACCGAAAGUAGAUCGUGGUGAACCGGAAGGUUCGACAAUCAAACAAUUGGCAAAGGAUCCUUAUAUAAUUGUAGCGGCAGGAGCAAUUACUAUUGGUAACCUUGGUAUUGCUAUGCUGGAACCAUCGUUGCCGCUUUGGAUGAUGGAAACAUGGCAGGCUGGAUCGCUUGAGAGAGGAGCAGCAUUUCUUCCGGCCUCUAUAUCAUAUCUUAUAGGAACGAACAUCUUCGGACCACUUGCUCAUAAGAUGGGAAGAUGGCUCUCCGCAUUUAUUGGCCUCGUUGUAAUUGGAUUCUGCUUGUUAUCGAUACCAUCUGCAACUUCGGUAACUGGACUUAUUUUUCCAAAUCUUUUCAUGGGAUUCAGUAUUGGAAUGAUUGACGCGUCAAUGUUCCCUCUUAUGGGAUAUCUUGUGGAUCUGCGCCAUGUCGGAGUUUAUGGCUCCAUCUAUGCGAUUGCUGAUGCUGCAUUCUGUUUCGCAUUCGCACUUGGCCCCUUCUUUUCGGGUCCUCUCGUCAAGUCGGUAGGAUUCCCCACGAUGAUGUACUUGAUCGCAAUAAUUAACUUCGCUUACGCUCCUCUUAUGUUCCUCCUUCGCAAUCCGCCUCCCAUUAACCGAGAAGAGGAUCGAAACGAUACACAAGUGACGAACUAUGGAACAGAGCAUGACGGAAAAAUCUUGGGACAUGACGUCACGCGAAUGGAAGGAUACCAAUACGAUUACUGA